AUGAAAUAGCGGUUCGUAAAGAUUUCAAUUUUAGAGCGCGCUGUCAGCGUGCUCUCAGCCAAGGCCGUAUAGAGAUAGAGCCGCUCUCAGCUAAAAAGUUUGCAAUUAGUUUGCAGCUAAAAUAGAAUAAACACUUCGGACUUCUUUUCCUUGACAGAGGAGACCAACCAGGAUGUCACAACCGGCUAAGCCUCGUUUCUGGAAACCAGGUACAGAGGCGCCCGGCUCAUCCGAGGACAGAUCCGACGCCGACCCACUACAGAGCACCACCUUCAUAUACAACCCACACGUAUCGCUCGGCCUGCAGCAGCAGCGUCAGCGGCUGCCCGUGUUCGGUCUGAGAAACCACCUGCUGUACGCCCUGGAGGAACACCAGACCCUGGUGCUCGUGGGGGAGACGGGCUCGGGGAAGAGCACACAGGUGCCGCAGUACCUGCACGAGGCCGGCUGGACGGACGGCGGCCGGCUGGUGGGUGUCACCGAGCCCCGUCGGGUGGCCGCCACCACACUGGCUCAGCGCGUGGCAGACGAGGUGGGCUGUCUGCUGGGCCAUACGGUCGGAUACUCCAUACGGUUCGACGAGAGAUUCGACCCUACCGCCACUCGUAUCAAGUACAUGACGGAGGGUAUCCUGAUCCGUGAGAUGAUGGCCGACCCGCUGCUGACCAACUACUCCGUCAUCAUGCUGGACGAGGUCCACGAGCGAACCAUCAACACAGACAUCGUCAUGGGACUCAUGAAGAAAAUACUCAAGAAGCGGCGCGACCUGCGUCUGAUCGUAUCAUCGGCCACAGUUGACGCCGAGGAACUGCGGCGGUUCUUCAGUCUGGACGGCGACCGACCGUCGGCCACCAUACUGUCGGUGGAUGGGCGGCAGCACCCGGUCGAGGUGUACUACAGUCUGGAGCCAGUGCCAAACUACAUCCAGGCGUGCGUGGACACCGUGUGUCGUCUGCACACUACUGAGCCGCCCGGAGACGUCCUGGUCUUCCUCACGGGCCAGGAUGAGGUGGAUGAGGUGGUUAGGAAGCUGAGAGAGGCGCCCGACACGCCCAGGAAAGACAAGCUACUGCCGCUGCCAAUGUACGGCGCGCUGCCGAACGCCGACCAGCUGAGGGCGUUCCAGAGGGCGCCGCAGGGCCACAGGAAGGUGGUGGUGGCCACCAACCUGGCCGAGGCGUCCGUCACAAUUCCGGGCAUCGUGUACGUGGUGGACAGCGGUUUCGUCAAGCUGCGCUGGUACAACUCGGACACCCACACCGACUCACUAGUGGUGUGUCCCACCUCGCGGGCCUCGGCCGAGCAGCGGGCGGGACGCGCUGGCCGCGUCAGGUCCGGCAAGGUCUACAGGCUGUACCCGGAGUCUGAAUUCACCUCCCUACCGGAGCACACUGUCCCGGAGGUGCGCCGGUCCGACCUGGCCGGCUGUCUGCUGCAGCUGCGCGCCCUGGGCGUCUCCAACCCGGCGCGGUUCGCGCUGCCCUCCCCGCCGCCGGCCCGUGCCGUGCUGGCCGCCUGUGAGCUGCUCCAUGCGCUAGGAGCGCUGGAUAUGAGCGGGGCGCUGACGGAGACAGGCGCCGCCAUGGCCGAGCUGCCGCUGCCGCCCACACACGCACGCAUGGUGCUGGCCGCAGACGAGUUUGGCUGCGGGGAGGAGAUAGCCACCCUGGUAGCCAUGCUGCAGGUGGACCAGGUGCUGCAGAGACCACGAGCCGGUCAGGCCCUCCUCAAGGCCAGGAUGGCUCAUCGCACCUUUGAGGUGGAGGAGGGUGACACCAUCACCUACCUCAACAUCUACCGCUCGUUCGUCAAGCGGAAACGCUCCAAACAGUGGUGUGACGAGCUGUUUGUCCGCUACAAGGCCAUGCUGCGGGUGGAGGAGAUUCGUUCACAGGUUCUGAAGAUGAUGAAACACUCCGGCUUUGAGCCCAAAUCAUGCGACGGCGACGUGGACGCGGUGAGCCGGUGUAUCACGGCCGGGUUCUUCCCCAACUGCGCCUACCUCCACCACAGCGGGACUUACCGCACCGUCAGGGGGGACCAGCCGCUGGCGGUACACCCAUCGUCGGUGUUAUACACCGUCAAACAGCCCCAGUGGGUGCUAUUCUCUGAGGUGGUCCACACCAGUCAACCGUUCAUGAAGGACCUGACCGUCAUCGACCCUGCCUGGCUGACGGAGCUAGCGCCGCACUUCUAUCAAGUCGGCACCGUGGGCGAUUCGUGACGGGAUGGGACAGAGAUGGGGUGUGAUGGGACAGAGAUGGGGUGUGAUGGGACAGCACAGGGACGGGACGGGACCAAACAGAAUAGGACGGGACGUAUCGAGACCGAUGCGACGGUAUGGAUUAGAAGGGCAUGUAAAUGUGAUAGUUUGAAUGUAGCAUCACAGUUUGCUCUAUAAGGUGUACACUGUACAGUGAAGACUAAAUGGUUAUCUUUUACUAUGUGCCCGCGAAUGUCAACAGUGACAAAUGACACUGCCUAAACUUCGACCAACUGGUUACGGAGCGAGCGAAGCGAGCGUAGUCUUUCCUUAGAUUAACGGAAAUUUCUGAGUAUGAGCGGCCGGCCGGCCGGCCGGCCGUGGUCACGCUUUUGCGAGGCUUAUAUCUCAGCAACCACUUGACCGAUUUACACGCGGUAAUUUUUGUAGGGUAGCUUCAUUCCUUCUACCAAGUAUUGGACUAUUCCCGAUGCAUGUGGGUGACCCCUUAUGCACGUGCCACGUGCAAAACGAAGAGGUGUCAGCUUUGUAAUUGUUGCAAUAUCUCGGUAACUACUUGGCCGAUUGCGCUGAAAGUUGGCAUGUAGGUAGGCACCCACUAGGCACUGCAUAUACAUGUGCCAGAGUUGGGGUGCUGCUGCACGUGCGCACGUGCAGGGGUCGUUUCCAGAUCUCGGGAACGGCUGGACCGAUUGCGCUCAAAUUUGGUACACGGUUAGGGACCGGUUAGUAGGGUGCCGUGCACAAGUCAGUUGGGACCCAUUUUGCACGUGCGCACGUGCAGGGUGCCGCUUCCAGAUCUCGAGAACGGCUGGGCCGAUUGUGCCCAAAUUUGGCACAUCGCUAGAGACCAGUUAGUAGGAUGCCGUGCACAAGUCAGUUGGAGGUACCCCCUCGCAAUUUCGCACGUGCAAGGCCCACCCUCUCGCUCGCUCCGUUAGUCGCCCCAAAAGGCGUUAUACUGGUAUGUUUAAUGGGAUCGUGGGGAAUUGAAGCUCAAAUGCUAGUUGAAUUGUGAGUGUCGACAGUGCAUGUGUAUAUUUAUGCAUCGUAAUGCAUUGUGUGCCUCAUCGCCAGUUUUCCCUCAUUUCAUCGAGCAUUGGUCAUUGCCUGCCAUCAGUGUCGCUUGUGAUAUAUUUGCUGUCUCCCAUCAUCUGAAAGAGGCUAUACAUUUUUCCACUCACUCUUAUGUUUGUGUACUGGAUACUGGUA